AUGUAUAUUAAGAUUGCGCCGGGAAGGAGCCCGAAAGAGUUAUUCGUUGCCUACUUGGCAGCUCUCAACUCACACGUGCGGUUUUCACCUCUUGACCUUAGUCCUUACAUGAACUCGACAUUAAAUUUUAAUAACAGACCAAUAACUAUUUCUCAAUAUGAAGGUGCCCUACUUCAUGCAAUGGAUGCUUCACCCGACUUUAACAUAGAUGUACAGAUAAUAGUUGCUGAGGGUACCAACAUAGCAACUCGCUUCCUUCUUACAUGCACUCCCGAUAGCGAAUUUAAAGGUACGCUACCGACUGGAGAACAAGUCCAGUACAUUGAGCAUGUAUUUUAUCGAUUUAAUGGUAUAGAUGGUAAAUGUUCUGAACUGUUCACGCUAGAAGAGAAGCUUUCAAAAUGA